AUGUAUUUCGUUUACUCUAUAAACGAGAUAAGACAGGUAGACGCAAAACAUGUAUAUCUUGUUUAUCGUGUAAAUGAGAUACAUUCCAAAAUCCAAAAUCCAAAAUCACAGGCUAGUCUUCAGCAUCAAAACACAUAUUCACCAUGUGUCCAGCUCCCCUGUCAAAAUACACAAACCAUUUCUCACUCUCAUCUUUUCUUUCUCAAUCCCCUCCGUACCUUCCUCUCCUCGUUGCACCACAUCGACGCCGCGGCUCUGGAAUGUGAUGCCGUCGCUGCAGCUUUGCUGCGUCCCAUCGCCGCCUCGCCGUGCUCCUCUGCUUCACUUUCCUCCACUUCUUUAUUGUGCUCCCCGUCGUGCUCCUCUGUUGCCGUGCCACCUCAGCUCCAUCCAUCGCUGCUCGAUUCACUCUCCAUCAUCACAAUAGAAAUUGGAGACCUGUGCUCUAAUCAUGGAGUGAAAAUGUUCACUGAGGAAUUGAACAACUUCUCUGGCAAUGGAUCAUGGGAUUCAUGGUUUCUGCCUUUGACAGAGCAGACUAAUAUUGUUUGUGAAAAGAUGAUUAGGAUUCCUUCAGUAUUAUGCAAAACACACUAGAAGCAGCAAUAAAUGACAUAAACAAUUCUUUUGGAAAGGGAAGUUUUACAAGUUGGGCAAUGCUGGGGGAGCUUUAGUUGAAACAUGUCCUAGUGGCUGUUUGACCUUGGACUGUGCUUUAGGUGGCGGUCUUCCAAAAGGUAGAAUUGCUGAGGUGCUAAACGCAGGCAAAAAUAAGCUUAGAUCCAUGGAUGAGGUCAGAUCACUUGUUAGCCUCCGAGCACUGAUUUUGAAGGGUCAGACUUCUUUUGCUAACUAUCUACUUUGAAGACAAGAAGAGGGCAAGAUUCCAUGGUUAGAAUGAGGAUGAUCAUGCUGAAGUUGUUGAUAAUCUUGAAUUUGAGAGAAAAUCGAGUAAGAAAAAGAAGAAAACUGUUGAUGAUUUCAAGAAGGAAGUCAGAGUCGCUGACGAGGAAAAUUAGAUCAUAACAAGAAAUCAACUAAGAAAAAGCUCAAGAAUGAUAGACAAGCCCACAGACAAGAAAUUAGCUCUGCAGGAGAAUGUUAUUAGGAUCGAGAAGAAACAUAAGAAAAAACAAAAAAAUGAGAACAAAGUGAACUUGAUACGAUUGUUUAUAUCUAAUGUAUCAAUACACUAUUUGUGUUUAUGUUGAGUUGACUUGUUUGUUUUUAAUAAUUUUCUUUUAGUUUGAUAAUAUGAUGAACUUGUUUAUUUUUUAAAA